UGGCGAACUUAAUCAUGCAUAUGAAAGAGUAAUAGUGUGUUCUGAGCAUGUGUUAUUAGUGUGACAACUUGUCUGAAUCCCUGAGAGAAGUUUUGGUAGUGCGCAAGUUUUCCAGCAUGCCCUGAUGAUGAUGCAUGUCUUCAAAUGGGGAGGGAGUCCGUGUAUAUAUUCGUAGAGGCUAUGAUUUAUUUAUAUAAGCAACUGAAUUGAUAGACUCUUGAGAAGUGGACGUGGCUGUUACGUUAAGUGCUUUUUCAUGCAUGCAUGCGCGCGUACUUUUACAGUCAGAUGCAAUAGUUUUCUGUCACGCGGAGAUAAAGAACGCGUAUUUUAUUCUUAUUGUUAAUAAGAGUAACGUUACUGUUGAAAAUCGUUUGAUUCUCGGCCGUUGGGUUCGAUUCAUUUAGUUAUCUGUGAAAGGGGUCUGGUGCAUGGUGGCAGAAGAAAACUGGCCGAGAUCAGUAAAAGUCUGAAGUUCACAUCCUGAUGAUGAGUCAACCAGCUCUGUUUCUCAGCUCUCUUUUUAACUCAUCAGGGUUGAGAUUGAGUCAGGCAAUAUUCCCCAUGCGCACUGUUGUGGUUGGACGAAUCUAUUUGCAGUUCUACAGAAUUCCUGCGGGGUUGUCAAAACCAUCAUGCACAUAGAGUACAUACUUGCUUACCUGGAUCACUGAAGUGUAGUUGUGUCUAUUGUCAGAAUGUUGGAAUCGGCCUGUCGGGACGGAUAUCUGACAGUUGGGUCGGAACCUCUAGAAGCCAAACACUUGCUUCCCAAGAGAGAGAAAACCUUCAGCGACCAGGAGACCAACUUGACCGUGGGCCAGUACGUGCUGUGUCGCUGGUCUGAUGGCCUUUACUACCUGGGCAAGAUACAGAGAGUGAGCACCUCAAAACAGAGUUGCUUUGUGACGUUUGAAGACAACUCUAAGUUCUGGGUGCUUUGGAAAGACAUACAGCAUGCUGGUGUCCCUGGGGAAGAACCCAAAUGCUCAGUGUGUUCUGACAUGUCUCUAGUUCCUGGUAAUGAAAUUCUUAUCUGCGGGAAGUGUGGAAUAGGCUAUCACCAGCUCUGCCACUUGCCCCCAGUGGAGAUCUCACCUGACUUUCCUCCGUGGUUCUGCAGGAAGUGCAUUUUUGCUUUAGCUGUGAGAAAAGGGGGAGCUCUGAAAAAGGGGUCAAUCUCCAAAGCGCUGCUGAACAUGAAGCAGGUGCUGCCCUAUAAUCCAGAGGAGCUGGAGUGGGACUCUUUGCAUCGUACGAACCAUCAGCAGUGCUACUGCUACUGCGGAGGACCCGGAGAGUGGUAUCUGAAAAUGCUGCAGUGCUUUCGCUGUGAGCAGUGGUUUCAUGAGGCGUGCACGCAGUGCCUACAGGAGUCCAUGAUGUUUGGAGAUAGGUUUUACUUGUUCAUUUGUGCGGUGUGCAAUAAAGGAGCGGAAUACAUCAAGCGGCUGGCUCUCAGAUGGGUGGAUGUAGUCCAUCUUGCCCUGUACAACCUGGGAGUCCAAAGUAAAAAGAAAUACUUUGAACUAGAGGAGAUCCUGGCCUUCAUCAGCACAAACUGGGACCAUUUCCAGAUGGGCAAGCUCUCCAAUACUCCUCUGUCUGAACGGGGCCAGUAUAUUCUUGAUGCCCUCAACAACUAUAAAAGCAAGUUUCUUUGCGGCAAGGAGAUCAAGAAGAGGAAAUACAUUUUUCGACUAAGGACAAGGGUCCCUCCUAACCCCCCAUCUAAGUUGUUUCCGGAGAAGGCCCAGAACAGUGAGGGUCACAGGGGACGCAAGAAAGGGGCCAGCAGAAGCAGUAGCGCUGUACCUGCAGAGAAGAAAAGGAAGAGGUCCAAGUGGCUGCUGGAGGAUGCUAUUCCUAAUAAUGACCUCACCUCUACCUGGAGCAGCAAUCAUCACAUGGCCAACAUAUUCGACUUCACGCUGGACGAGCUGCAGAGUUUAAAGAGCACCAGUUCAGGACAGACGUUCAGCAUGGACCAGGACUCCACCGAUGCAGCCAGUACUUCUGGUUCCGCCACCACCAGCGUCUCCUAUGACUUCAGGAAAAAUGUGGGCAGUCGGAAGAGGAAGUUGCCCUCCUCUAAUUACACCGUGCUGGCCACAAAAAGAGGGAUGGUGGAGCGUGAGCUGAGCCCCAUCAGCAUGCCUGGAGAGGAGAGUAACGUCAUGCUGGAGAACAGCAUCGACAGCCACACCUUUGAGAGCAUCAGCGAGGACGAUUCCUCACUCUCUCACCUCAAGUCUUCCAUCACCAGCUAUUUUGGGGCGGCUGGUCGACUCACCUGUGGGGAGAAGUAUCAGGUUCUGGCCCGCAGGAUCACACCUGAAGGCAAGGUGCAGUAUUUGGUGGAGUGGGAAGGAACUACACCUUACUGAAUAUCACAGAACAGAGGUGUGGAACAGACGGGCCACGACGCAAGGUGUCACGCGCCCCCCCCAUAGUUACUCUCUGUUUUGCUUUUCUGACAGUCAUAGUUUCAGAGUUCUAGUUUUGGUUUUGUUGGUUUUGACCAACCACCUAUAGUGUCUUUUUUUUUUUUUUUUUUUUUGGUCUUCUCACAUGUGAGACAUUAAAGUGUUUGUUUGUCUUGAAGUCAUUUGCAGUGUCCUUUUAGGGCACUUUAAACAUCACAGACAUGAUUGAGUCUAGUAACAUACUAACCUUACACAGUGUAACGUCAUUAUUAGGUAGCAGAUAAAGAACAGUAUUAUACAACAUGAAGUCAUUUCAGUUUAGUGUUGGGAUUCAUACAGUGUAAAAGCAUUCGCCCCGUGAGUUUCAGUUCCUGUCAUUAAGGAUUUCAAAGUCUGAAUCAAGUUUGACUGAGUUUAAUGUUCAUCCAAAAAUGAAAACUUGCUGAAAAUGUACUCACCCUCAGUCCAUCCAAGAUGUAGAUGAGUAUGUUUCUUCAUGGGAACUCAUUUGGAGAAAUGUAGCAUUACUUAACUUGUUUCACUGUAGUGAAUGGGUGCCGUCAGAUUGAGAGUCAAUAAAAACAUCACAAUAACCCACAAGUAAUCGACACGACUCCAGUCCAUCAAAGAAUGACUUGUGAAGCAAAAGGUUUUGGGUUUGUAAACAAAUCCUUUUAGAUGUUUUUAUCUUCAGAUUUCCAGCUAAAAUACAAGAAUCCAUAAUAUUGCUUCCUCCAGUGAAAAUGUUUUGUGUCUCUGAAUCGGGAGAGCAAUAUGCACAGAUCAAGCAAACAAACAAAACCGUUUCUAAACAAAUAUGCUGGUGGAGUUUGAUGUGAGGGGAAUACAGGAGAUUGAUUUCAAUGGUUUUAAAGCUCAAACCAAGUGCCUUAAUAAUGGAUUUUUUUUGUUGUUGUUUCACUUUACAAGAUGUUAACUGGUCAAAUGAAGAUUACUUGUGGGUUAUUGUGAUGUUUUUAGCAGCUGUUUGGACUCUCAUUCUGACGGCACCCAUUAACUCCAUAGGAUCCAUUAGUGAGAAAGUGAUGUAAUGCUACUUAUGUUGUGAUGGAGAAACAAACACCUAAAUCUUGGGUGGCCUGAGUACAUUUAAUUUCUGGGCAAACCUUUCCUUUAAAGUUACUCAUUUUGUUUGGUUCAUCUCUCUCAGUAUUUCUUCAGAAGGAAUAUAUAGCAAUUUAUACACAUUCGUUUUGUUUAGCUGUGUUAAAAUAUUAGCACUUUCAUUCUUUCCUGUUCAAACAUAAUUUUUGAAUUUGUUCUAGGUGAUUAUAUAACAAAGUGAUGCAAAUACUGUUUUUGAGAAGUAUUUUUCUAUUUUAUAUGCUUUUGUAUGCUUUGGCAUGUCAGAUUGGAUAAACUUUGACAAAGCAGAAUGAAACCGAAAGGGGAAAGUGAUUAUUUGCAUAUCAUUAGCAAUAGAAUUUAGGCUGUUUUCAACAUUUGCCCACAUAUCGAUGUCAAAUCAAUUUUUUUACGAGAUCUCCAAAGAGUGUUAUAUUUGAGAUUGAUCUGGAAGUGGAUUCAUGCUCUUAUCAGAUGAUUGGAUUAAGUGGAAAAUCAAAGUUAUGUGAAUUUUUAAAGCUGUCAGGUUCUAUAAUUUAACUUCAUUUAGUUUAAUAGGACACAACAUUAUAAAUAUACUUUAUUAUUUACAUGUAUAUAAUUGGAUAUAAGAUUAGCCCCAUUUUAUUAUUGCACUAUUAACAUGUAUUAUCAGCUAUGCAAGCUAUUAUUGGAUAAAUUGACCUAUAUUUUCUAAUUGAUUUUAAAGAAAAAAAUAAAUAUAAAAAUAUAUUUCAAAAAUUUACUUUUUACUUUUAUAUUAUUUCCCCAAAAGAAAAGGCAUUUGUGAAAUAGAAAUUUGUUAACAAAACACGAUGAUGUUUUUGUACUGUGUCAACUUGCUCACAUUUCAAGAGAGGUUUUGUAUCAUGGUUACAAGUUUAACAAGGUUUAGAAGAGAUACAAGCUAUUGUGUAAUUUUGCAAGAUUAAAACUAAGCAGUUUAGAAUACUUUUAUGAAAAUUUUUCUACACGGCACCCUCAAAGCCGUACAUGGUAAACAUGUUUUUUGUAACAGUGUUUAAACAUGUUAAAUUUGCAAACUUGUAUGUGUCAUUAUUCAUUCAUUCCUGUUUCAGACCAUUAAAACAAUUUGUCUG